AUGGAGAGAGAUAGGCUUAAGCGCUCUGACGAAGAGGAAGACACACUGGCUCGUAGUACCAAGAAAUUCAAAGAUAGCCAUUCAUCUGCAUGGGAGAAAGAGAAUGGUUUGGGUAAGAAAAUUGGGAGUUACAAAGAUAGGUUGGUGGGUGCAAUCCCUGGUGCAUUUGAGCAAGCGUUUGGCUUUGAGUGCUCCAUGCAUGAAGACCUUAAAUUGGACAAUGAAGAGGAACAUGGCCAUGAAGGUAGCACCAGGGUAUGCUUUUCCAAAGAGGAUAAGAUCCGUAUGAGAUCUCCUUGGCAAAGAGCUCUGAUUUUUAAAACUUUUGGGAGAAUAAUGGGUUUCUCCUUUCUUGUUGAAAAGAUCCGAAGCAUGUGGAAUCCAUCUGGGGGUAUGAAUUGUAUUGAUUUGGGUUUUGACUACUAUCUAGUUAAAUUUGAGCUAGUGGAUGAUGUGGAUCAUAUCCUUAAGGGUGGCCCGUGGUUCAUUGGGCAACACUUUUUGGCUAUAAGGCAAUGGGAACUUGAGUUUAAAGUGUCAUCUGCAACCCUAUCUUCGGUGGCGGUGUGGAUAAGGCUACCAGAGUUGCCCAUAGAGUUUUAUGAGAUUAAUGUGCUCCUCAAGAUUGGGCGAGCCAUUGGUCCAGUCCUUCGGAUAGACUCACACACGGCCAAUGGAGAAAGAGGCCGUUUUGCGAGAUUAUGCAUUCAAGUUAAUCUAGACAAACCUUUGAUAAAGACUGUAUACCUUGGUAAGUUAGCCCAAUGUGUGCAGUAUGAAGGGAUCAAUGCAUUAUGGUUCUCUUGUGGCAGGAUUGGUCACAAGAUUGAGGCGUGCCCUUAUAUCAUUAGAGAGACUUCAAAGGAGGCAAUGAAGGAGCGGGGUACUUGCACUCAAGAACACGGCAAUGACCAAGGGGUUGGGAAAGAAGACAUGGAGCUGAAUAAGAUGAAAGAUUAUGGGGAAUGGAUGGUGGUUAGCUGGCGGAAGCCCAGUGGCAAGAUGAGAACCAGGCAGCAAACAUUGGAGCAGAGCCAAACGGGUGAGGCUAGCUCAGAACAUAGCUCCCUAGCUGGGCAUAGGGUGGCGAAUUAG